CGCGGUGGCGGUGCGUCGCGCUCUCUCUGUUUCUCGCAGUCGGCGAUGGCGGCGGCGAUGGCUGCCUCGCCAAGGGAUCCCUCCGGGGACUGGCAGGACUUCUCUGGCUUCCAGCCCCCGGGAGAAGAAGGCGGCGGGGCUCCGGAGGCGGAGUCUCGGGAAGAAGGGGGCUCCUGGGAGGAGAAGGACCUGGCGGCCAAGCUCCCGCUCUGCUUCCAGCCACAAGAGACGGCGACGCUGACGCUGACUCCGGGCUGCGCGGAAGGAGACGGUCGAAUGCCCGCUCCUUUGCCUUCUCCCCUCAGCGAACAGAGCGCCCUCCGCGGAGACGAUUUUCCCCCUUUCUUGGAAACUCUCCAUGGACUGAUGGCAGCUGAUGGUUUGACAAAGUCCCACCGUGAUGUUCUUGCAAACAAGCUGGUAAAAUGUGUGCUAGACAACGCAGUUGUUAGGAUUUGGAAUGCUCUCACUGAUAAUUAUGGCAACGUAUUGCCAGUUGACUGGAAAUCUUCCCACACCAGGACACUGCACUUGCCAACGUUGAAUCUUUCAGAAAAGGGGGUUAAUGAAAACUUGAACCUUGACUUAUCAGAUGAUGAAGAGCUAAGAGAGCAACUAGAUAUGCAUUCUAUCAUAGUUUCCUGUAUCAAUGAAGAACCACUUUUCACAGCUGAGCAGGUGAUUGAAGAAAUAGAAGAAAUGAUGCAAGAAUCUCCAGAUCCAGAUGAUGAUGAAACCCCCUCUCAGUCAGACCGCCUCUCCUUAUUGUCGCAGGAAAUCCAAACACUCAAGAAAUCCAGUACAAAUCACAAUUAUGAAGAAAGGGUGAAAAAAUUGUCUGUGACUGAAUUAAAUGAUCUCCUAGAAGAGAUUGAGACAGCCAUAAAGGACUACUCUGAAGUGCUUGUACAGCAGCUGGCACUACGAGAUGAGCUGGAAUUUGAGAAAGAAGUGAAGAACAGUUUCAUAUCUAUCCUUAUUGAAGUGCAAAACAAGCAAAGAGAGCAAAAGGAAAUAGCAAAGAAGAAAAAGAAGUUGAAAAAUGGCAGCCCUCAGAAUGGCAAGCAAGAGAAAGGUCAUAUGCCUGGAACACGCUUCAGCAUGGAAGGAAUCUCAAAUGUCAUUCAGAAUGGCUUCCGUCAAACAUUUGGAAACUCAGGUGCAGAAAAACAGUAUUUGACAACAGUUAUUCCUUAUGAGAAGAAAAGUGGGCCUCCAUCUGUUGAAGAUCUGCAGACAUUAACAAAAAUUCUUCAUGCCAUGAAAGAAGACAGUGAGAAAGUGCCAAGCUUAUUAACAGACUACAUUUUGAAGGUUCUGUGUCCAACAUGAAGAAAGCUCUGAAGGACAGGCAUGCUAAUUCCUGUGAAAAGAUUUUCCAUGGGUUGUUCAAGCCUUUCAGUUUGUUUGGCACUGUGUUGAAUUCUAAUGUCAACUCCUAAUGUAUUUACUACUUCUGUUGUCUAUUUGAAUUUUUAAACUCUGAAAUAAGUCCUCUGGAGCAUGCAGAGCUCAUCCAUUUUAUUUCAUUUAAAUGUGCUGUAUUUGUACAAAAACAGAUUCUGUACAGGUUUAUUCACCUGCUACAUUGCUUUGGCUUUUUAAACACUAUUUUCACUAUAUGGCAUGUAAUUAUUCUCCAAACAACCAGUUUUUGUGGAGAAAGUUAAACUUUAAUGUAAAUAAAAGAAGCCUAUUUAAUUUAACUGAAUUUUAAUAAAAUAUAAUAGGUUCUUUAUUAAAUGUGUAAAAAGAUCAAAAGCUGAAACUGCACUGGCAAAAAAAAGGAUCCAUUGAAGAUUUUCAUUGGAAAUUCUAGAAUGGUAUUAUGGGAACUAGCACUGAUUUUUUUAAAACAGUCAAAGCAGUAUUGUGUUAUUGUUUACUGAUUCUCAUGAAUUUUUCAGCAUUCUUUAGAAGUUAAAAAUGUAGUGAGUAUAAUUUUUUCUUACUGAUUUGCUUAUUUAACAAGAAUGCAUUUCACUGAGGAGUUUUUUAAUGCAAGCCUUACAAAAAUGAAUGGGAUCAUUGAAAGAGUGCAGGUGCACUUGCCUUAGCACAAGGUGGAGAACAGCAGAGGGUGUGAAGGCCAUCACUACUACCACCCCAAAAAGGUUUACCCAUCCAAAAAUCAGCUACAGCACUCCCAAAAACAAAAUUGGAAGUGGUUUCCAGUUUCUUGUUCUGACCACUUGAGGUCCAUUUUUGUGAAGUUUGUCGCUCUUGCCACUGGAAAGUGGCAGUUUGUUAUCUUAUAGGUGAUUUUCACCUCCCUGAAUUUUUGGGGCUCCAGCAAGUGUUUUUUGCUGUAGUCCCCCCCCCCCCAAUCCCUGCCCACCGCCUUAGGAGAAUUAUGAAGGAGAACCUUAGAACUUAUGCUCUAAACUGUUGUCUCAUUGCUUUUAUUUUCUGUACAGUACUUUAUUUAAAAAUAAUAUAGCUGGAUAGGGAUACCUUGCUGCUAUUGUGCUUUUUAGGCCAUGUGUUAAAUGUUUGGUCAUAAUAUAACAUUUUAUAUGCAGUAUGUUAAUGAACACUUUUAAAAAAAACAUGUUGCCCUGUGUUUUAU